UGUGGAUGUAUUUGUGUGUUUUGGCUCAGGGAUGGGAGGCCAUGGUUACGGUGGUCAAGGUGAUGUUUGUUCUGGCUUCCACAGCGGCCAUUUCGUUCACAUGAGGGGUUUACCUUUCCGUGCCACAGAGGGAGACAUCGCUAAAUUCUUCUCUCCUUUGAAUCCACUGAGGGUCCACAUUGAUGUGGCUCCCAACGGCAAGUCGACUGGAGAAGCCGAUGUGGAGUUUCGCUCCCACGAAGACACUGUGGCAGCCAUGUCCAAAGACAAGAACCACAUGCAGCAUCGCUAUAUUGAGCUGUUUCUUAAUUCAACAGCCAGUGGAGCAGCUGAAAUGAGUCGUGGUGGCGGCGGUUACUAUGAUAAUUUAGGAGGGGGCGGAGGCUUGCGGAGCGGCGGGCUGCGAGCUUCAUACUGAUGUCAUCCCACUCAUCCAUCCUGACGUUUGUUUCACGUCCUUUCAGGCCACAUUUACUCCAUUACUUUUUUCGAAGCAGGAGAGCUGAUUUGAAGUCAGUCAUUUGUUUUAAUUGUGGGGGUUUACUAAAACAGACCAGACCAGCACUAUUAUUACACCUUUCCUUAAAGCAAAUGAAGAACACAACAACUCGUCAAUAUUAAGAUGUAAUAUUGGUGAAUGGGCCAAAUAGAUUUCUUUAUCAUAUUAUUUUAAACAAAGAUUUUUAUGAUUCACAUGAAAAAUAUUUUUGUAUAUUGGUCCGAUUAAGAGAAAUCAAACGCCUAUUUAUUUUCUCCAGAGUUUAAAUGACAUGGAUUGAAUGUGUUAAAGGUUUUAGUGAUAAGUGGAAUGCACUUUAGUCGAUGCAGAGGAGACACUGAUCAACAGCGAUGUUUUAAUCUGUUUAUUCUGCUUUCCUGCUUUGAAAAGUUGAUAAAUGUGAGCCAUUGUGUUUUUUAUGAAUGUUUUCACAGUUCAUUACAGAAUUUAAAACUAAGUUGAAUAUUAUAUUCCACUCUCAAAGAGUGGAAGUAAAAUAAAGUCUUUAUAUUUGAGCUGUAAAAUAGUUUAUGCAGCUGUUGUACAUUUUGCCUAAUAAAUUUUAUAUUUAAUUCUC